GGCACUGUAUUGAUGACCAAGCCUCUCGCAUGCAAGGCUCGAACGACUGUUCCGUCCCGAUCCGCGCAACUUUGUGACAUGCAUGAUGCUCGAUGUAUCUUGUAUCUUCUGCAGAACAUGUGAGCGAGAAUGCUCGCUUGAAUUACGGACGAAGCUCCUACUGUACACCUUUGACUGCCAGACGUUGGUGCUCCGCAAUACGUCUGCUCGUGGUUUGGAUUGCUCUAUUGACGGAAUGUCUAUCCGCCCCAAUCCAGCUCUUGGCGCAAAAGCCUCUCUCCAAGCAGACCCAGACCAUAAGAAUACCUCAGUGUAAUAACGCCAGCAGAUGGGAGAUACCUCCGCCAGUAAUAUACUGUAGGCCGCGAAGAGUUCACCAGCCACUUGAAAUGGCAAUCCUGCAGUAUUAUCCUUGCAACACACCCAGCCCGGCGGAGGUCCUGCCGCCAUGGGCUGUGGAUUGAACCAAUGCUUUGUCCCUCCGCACACAGAUCGAAGACUUGAGAAUUGAGACCGAGGUGGAUUGUAUUGAUUGGCAAACCAUAAGACGUGGCCGCAAGCAAAGACAUAUUGCUCGUCCCCAUGGGACAGGCUCGUGAGCCGAGAUGGUUCGACAUAUGGAGAAAGGGUCGUCUGUUCGAACCAGAUAUUAUAAAAUCUACAGCUGC